AUGGCUGCUGAGAAACAGGUACCUGGCGGCGGCGGCGGCGGCGGCGGCGGGGGCAGCGGCGGCGGCGGCGGCGGCGGCGGACGCGGGGCCGGCGGAGAAGAGAACAAGGAAAACGAGCGGCCUUCGGCCGGAUCGAAGGCAAACAAAGAGUUCGGGGACAGCCUGAGCUUGGAGAUUCUUCAGAUCAUUAAGGAGUCCCAGCAGCAGCACGGCUUGCGGCAUGGAGAUUUUCAGAGGUACAGGGGCUACUGUUCCCGUAGACAAAGGCGUCUCCGGAAAACUCUCAACUUCAAGAUGGGGAACAGGCACAAAUUCACAGGGAAAAAGGUGACGGAAGAGCUUCUGACUGAUAGCAGGUAUUUGCUGCUGGUGCUGAUGGAUGCGGAGAGAGCCUGGAGCUACGCCAUGCAGCUCAAACAGGAAGCCAACACCGAACCCCGAAAACGCUUCCACUUGCUGUCCCGCCUGCGCAAAGCCGUCAAACACGCGGAGGAACUGGAGCGCUUGUGUGAGAGCAACCGCGUGGAUGCCAAGACCAAGUUAGAGGCUCAGGCCUACACGGCGUACCUCGCAGGAAUGCUGCGGUUUGAGCAUCAGGAAUGGAAAGCGGCCAUUGAGGCUUUUAACAAAUGCAAGACCAUCUACGAGAAGCUCGCCAGCGCCUUCACCGAGGAGCAGGCCGUGCUGUACAACCAGCGCGUGGAGGAGAUCUCGCCCAACAUCCGCUACUGCGCCUACAACAUCGGGGACCAGUCAGCUAUCAAUGAACUCAUGCAGAUGAGACUGAGGUCUGGGGGCACCGAGGGUCUCCUGGCUGAGAAAUUGGAGGCAUUGAUCACUCAGACUCGAGCCAAACAGGCGGCCACCAUGAGCGAAGUGGAAUGGAGAGGGAGGACGGUACCCGUCAAGAUCGACAAAGUGCGGAUCUUUUUACUGGGACUGGCUGACAACGAGGCGGCCAUUGCUCAGGCGGAGAGCGAGGAGACCAAGGAGCGGCUGUUCGAGUCCAUGCUCAGCGAGUGUCGGGACGCCAUCCAGGCCGUUCGGGAGGAGCUGAAGCCGGACCAGAAGCAGCGAGAGUUCACCCUGGACGGGGAGUCGGGGAAGGUCUCCAACCUCCAGUACCUGCACAGCUACCUGACGUACAUCAAGCUGUCCACGGCCAUCAAGCGCAACGAGAACAUGGCGAAAGGGCUGCAGCGGGCCCUGCUGCAGCCGCAGCCGGAGGACGACAGCAAGCGCUCGGCCCGGCCGCAGGACCUGAUCCGGCUCUACGACAUCAUCCUGCAGAAUCUGGCGGAGCUGCUCCAGCUCCCUGGCUUGGAGGACGACAGAGCCUUCCAGAAGGAGAUCGGCCUCCGGACCCUGGUGUACAAGGCCUACAGGUGCUUCUUCAUCGCGCAGUCCUACGUGCUGGUGAAGAAGUGGAGCGAGGCCCUCGUGCUGUACGACCGCGUCCUGAAGUACGCAGACGAGGUGGGCGCCGGCGCCGGCGCCUUCCGGAGCAGCCUGAAGGACCUGCCCGACGUGCAGGAGCUCAUCACGCAGGUGAGGUCGGAGAAGUGCUCUCUGCAGGCGGCGGCCAUCCUGGAUGCGAGUGACUCCCAGCAACCAGAGACCGCCUCCCAGGUCAAGGACAACAAGCCCCUGGUGGAACGGUUUGAGACAUUCUGCCUGGACCCCUCCCUCGUCACCAAGCAAGCCAACCUGGUGCACUUCCCGCCCGGCUUCCAGCCCAUCCCCUGCAAGCCCCUCUUCUUCGACCUGGCCCUCAACCACGUGGCCUUCCCGCCCCUGGAGGACAAGCUGGAGCAGAAGGCCAAGAGCGGCCUCACCGGCUACAUCAAGGGCAUCUUCGGGUUCCGGAGUUAA